AUGUCAGCGCAAGCUUCGUCUUACAUUAGAAACAUUACGGAAUGCGUCGUCUCCAAUGCCACUACCGACUUGGGAAUUACCACACGGGAUUGGUCUCGUUCUUUGUACCUCAAUUCUCCAUGGUCUAAGCAGCAGAUACAGUUUGUGACCCAUGAAAACUUGAAGGACAUUGUUCACACUGUUGACAAGGUUAUUUCAUCUGAGAUGAAAACGGCUCUAAUUGAUUGAUUUCAGUACAAAAAUAUUGAUUUGAGAGAUUUCAACCAUCAUGAAAAGCAACAGAUCAUCAACACGCUGAACAUGGAACGGUGGAAAACCGCUGUCAGUGCUCAUACUACCCGAGAUGAUUUGGAAGACCUUCAUCCUCCUGUGCCGCAGCUGAAUUUGCUCGGGCAUUUAAUUCCGAGGGUACAAUAA